AGGCGAUUGACUGUUAACCACGACGGAUUUGGAAGCCAUGAACAGAGACAACUUCACCACGGUGGGGGCGCUCGUGCAGGAGUUUAAGAAGAAGGCAAAAAAGGUUCAUGACAUUUCAGAGGAGGCACAAUGCACUAUAUUUUUGGGACUAUUUACCGCCUCGGAGGCUGCGGAACUGACGAGCCAUGGAGGAAGAAGUGAGAAACUUACCUGUGCCACUAUUGAUAAAGGUGUGGCAGAGGGAAGUCUGGACGAGGUGGAACAAUAUCAGAUGCGCCUGCAAAGGCGUAAGAGGAAGGAGAGGGAUGCCACAACGUCUGGAACCCCAGGAGUAAGACGGAUCGUCACUGAUGUACUGGCAGAACUGGGUUAUGGAAAGGAUGUGGUAAUACAGAAGAAGGUAGUGACGGCGAUCCAGGGAAAAGGAAAGGAUCAAGUGGUGGAGGAAGUCGUCCAAGAGGAGUGGAAAGAGGAGGAGCCGGUGCCCCAACACCUCUCGAAGGCGCUACGCAAACAGGUGUCAACGCAAUUUGACGCAGGGGGGGCAAGGCUUAGGGAAGGGGCAGACGCCCCAAACAGUGGUGGUCGCACCGCCAAGCGCGUCGGCUCCAUCAAGUAAUGGUACCAUACGUUGGGCCCCAAACAAGUAUGCCACCUCCAAGUUAUCCCGCCGUCUAGGCCCAACCCAUGGCGUCGUCUCCGUCGCCCGCACCUAGCUCACAAGAUAGUGUGGCGGGUGGAGGUAAUCAAGGUCACGGUAAUCAGGGGAAUGGAGGACGAGGCGAUGGAAGAGGACGUGGCAGAAAUGGCGGUGGCCGAGGAGGUCAAUGGGACAACCAAGGUUACCAAGGUCAAGGAAAUCAAGGCAGCUCGUACCCGAGGCCAAGCCAAGGCUAGUGCAAGCAAGGAGCCUCUACGAAAAGAGCCAGAGCCAGAGAAGAGGAAGGAAGCCGCGGAGGUAGAAGAUAAUGACGAGGAGGAAGAAGAGGACGAAAGGUUGCGCCAAGAGGAAGACCAGAGGGCGGAGCAAAGGGUCAGGAAAAGAGAACCUCGAGAGGAACCCGAGCCGAUUCUGCGCGAUGUGCCGCCAAAGAAGAAGAAGUAUGAGGCUCGGCUGGAGGAGGGGUUCGACGUAGAGAGGGUGAUUGAUAGGUUGUUGGAAGGCCAUAACGACCUCAUAACCCUAAAAGAGAUUUUGACGUGGGCUCCUAAGCUCCGGGAUAGACUGAAGGGGAGAUUGUCGUGGCGGCUGGUGCCCAGCGUCCACCUGACAGAGUUGGUGCUUAAGCCUUUCGAAGAGGAAGAUCCAUGGGGCAGUAAAGAUGUCAAGUGGAUGAUGAAAUUGGCGCUGGCAGGCACGCAUAGUCUGGUGGAGGAGGUGAGAACAAUAGAGGAAGGACCAUAUCGGGUAGAGAAGCACGAGGAUUUGAUGGGAGGGAUGUAUCUCCUCGUCAAUACGCUUCUGCAGGGAAAUUUUGAUCAGAUAGCCUCGUUGAAUCCGGCUGAGAAAGAGGAUGUGGUGCCAGAGAGCCAGGAUGACGAGUUUGAGGAGGGGGAGAUCAAAGAGGCAUUCCGGAUGGAGGAGUAUGAUGAAAUCUACCUGGAACUGGGACUUCUCCUAUCGUGCGAAAUGCGCGAUAGGGAUGCAAACGAAAGGGCCCAAAAGAUGAGGCAUCGCUAUUUGGUAAGAGAUGAUCAUCUUUUUGUAAAGAGGCAAGUGGGAAAUCCCAGGAGAGUCGUAUGUGGCAGGAACCGUCAGAUUGAUGUUAUAGUUGUGCUUCAUGAUGGCAUUGCGGGAGGACACCGAGGAGUUAGUACCACAUAUGCCAAGAUAAGCGAGCUAUAUUAUUGGGAUGGGAUGAUGGAGAUGGUAGCAGAAGAUGACAUGGCAGCAGAUGACGUAGCAGCAAAUGGCUUGGCAACAAUUGGCUUGGUGGCAAUUGGUUUGACAGCAAAUGGCUUCGCGGCAAAUGGCUUUGUAGCAAAUGGAUCGGCAGUAGAUGACAUGGCAUAUGACGUGGCAACGGAUACAGCGGAUGUUCAAGACAACAUCACAGAGGGCCACCCCUAGUUGACCAUCCCUUUAACACCACCAUCGUCCCUGAGUUGACCAAGAACCUGCCGCCCUAGACUAAC